GGGCCGGAUGUGAGCUCGCCCCCGGAAGCUGAGCGCCGCCAUUUUGCUGGGCGAGGUGGCGGGUCGGCGGGCGCGAUGCGCAUCGAGAAGUGUUAUUUCUGCUCGUCGCCCGUGUAUCCGGGACACGGCAUGAUGUUCGUCCGCAACGACUGCAAGGUUUUCAGAUUCUGCGGAUCAAAAUGUCAUAAGAAUUUUAAGAAGAAGCGUAACCCAAGAAAGGUCAGGUGGACAAAGGCCUUCCGCAAGUCAGCUGGCAAAGAGUUGACAGUGGAUAAUUCAUUUGAAUUUGAAAAACGUAGGAAUGUACCAGUCAAGUACCAGAGAGAGCUGUGGUCUCUGUCAGUUAAAGCAAUGAAGAGAGUUGAGGAAAUCAAACAGAAGCGCCAAGCAAGAUUUGUUAUGAACAGAUUGAACAAAAGUAAAGUGUUACAGACAAAGGCCGACAUCAAAGAGGUCAGACAGAACAUCCAUCUCAUCAAGGCUCCUCAUGCAGACAAGUCAAAGAAAUUGGAGGAAAAGAUAGUGGAGACUUUGCCGGAAAAUAUGGAAAUGGCAGAAGAUUCUUAACUUUUACUGCCGGUAACCAGAAAGGACUGUAUGAGAUACGUGUGCAGCCGAGAUCCCAUUAAUUUUCAUCUGUCGAGCUGUGGAUAAAAUAAAAUCUUAAAAUGUAUCCACUAGUGACCCAACAAUCCUUUGUAACUCUUUAACCGAUGUAAUUUAAACAGGUGGGAUAUAUCAGAUUCACCUGUCUUGUUCUUCCAGGCUCCAGUUGACCUCCCUGACGUUGACUAUUAAAUAUUCAUAAAGCACUUCGCUCCCAUAAAAGCAGAAAGAGCGAUGAUGGUAGAUAAGCUGAACAGUUGGAAACCGCCUCCGUGGAUUUGAUUUAAAUAACCUCAAUAUUUUUUCUCCCUUUAUUAUAAACCUCUUCCAUAAGUAUAUUUUUAAAUGGUUGUUGAUUGAGUUGCUAGCUUCAAACGUUGCUGCUGUCGACUAGAAAUGGAAAACUCCAGUCAACAGGUUAAAAAUCUGUGAUAUCUUGAUUUUGGAAAAUCGUGCUAUUUAUGCAAAUAUUUUCAUUACCUGUUUUCAUUUGGUGAAUUAAAUUCGAUAUAAUAUA